AUGAUCGGCUCCUGCUGUGGCUCCAUCUGCGGAGAAAGCUGCUGUCAGCCCUGCUGCAGCCGCGACCCCUGCUGCUGCCGCCCCGUGUCCUGCCAGACCACCGUGUGCCGCCCCGUGACCUGCGUGCCCCACUGCACGCGCCCCAUCUGCGAGCCCUGCCGCCGCCCUGUGUGCUGUGACCCUUGCGGCCUGCAGGAGGGCUGCUGCCGCCCCAUCACCUGCUGCCCCACGUCCUGCACGGCCGUGGUGUGCCGGCCCUGCUGCUGGGCCUCCACCUGCUGCCAGCCCAUCCUGGUGCAGGCGCCCUGCUGCCGCCCCCCCUGCUGCCAGCCCGCCCCCUGCCGCACCACCUGCAGGACCUCUUCCUGCUGCUCCUGCUGA